CCCCAGGACCCCCCCAACCCCCCCCCAAGCCCGGGGGUUUUUGGGGGUCCCCCCAACUCUGAGGAGCCGCCCCCCGAACCCAGCCCGGACCCCCCACGGGACCCCCCCGGGGAGGACCCCGUGGCCCUGGCCCGGCGCCUUUUCCGCCUGGACGGGGUCAGGAAGUCGCAGGUGGCCUCGUUCCUGCGCAAGGACACGGAGUUCAGCUCGCGGGUGGCGCGGGAGUACCUGGAGCUCUUCCAGUUCCAGGGGAUGAGCCUGGAGCAGGCCCUGAGGCAGUUCCUGCGGGCUCUGGUGCUCUCGGGGGAGACUCAGGAGCGCGAGCGAGUCCUGGGGCACUUCUCGAGCCGCUUCCACCGCUGCAACCCCGGCGCCUUUCCUUCUGCUGACUCCGUUCACGCCCUCACCUGCGCCCUGAUGCUGCUCAACACCGACCUGCACGGCCAGCGCCUGGGCCGGGCCAUGAGCAGCUCCGAGUUCGUGACCAACCUGAGCGGGAUGAUGGACGGCCGGGACUUCCCCCGGGAGCAGCUCAAGGCUCUGUACGGCUCCAUCCGCAGCCGGAAACUGGAGUGGGCAACGGACGAUGAGGACGAGCCUGGAGCCGAUUCCCAAAACCCCAAAAAAGCCCCAAAAUUCCCAACUCCCGAAAUUCCCCCCGAGCUGCUGGGGGGCUCCGGCCCCGCCCGCAGGGGGGUCCUGGCCAGGAAGGUCCUGGCAGAGAGCGACGGCAAAAAGGCUCCCUGGGGCCGGCGGGGCUGGAAGCGUUUCAGGGCCGAGCUGCGGGGGCCCCUGCUGGUGCUGCAGAGGGACCCCCCCGAGGGCCCCCAGGAGGUUUUGGGGCUGCCCCACGCCCUGGCCCGGCCCCACCCCAAAUACACCAAGCGCCCCAACGUGUUCCUGCUGCGCACCGGGGACCGGCGCGAGUUCCUGUGCCAGGCCCCGAGCCCCCUGGAGCUGUCCCAGUGGGUGUUUGGGAUCAACGUGGCCGCCGCCCUCUCGUCCUCGCCGCCGUUCCCCGCGGCCGUCGGCUCCCGGCGCCGCUUCGUGAGACCCAUCCUGCCCUCGGCGCCCAGCCGCUGCCCCCCGGAGCAGCAGCAGUGCCAGCUGCGCCGCUGGCUGGGCACGGUGACGUGCCAGCUCCUGGAGCACCAGCGGCUGCUGCCCGAGGGACGGGCACGGGAGCAGGAGGAGCACCGGGCACACGGGGACUUCCUCAGGGACGAGCGCCAGCGCUGCCUCACCUACGUGCAGGCGCUGGGGACGUGGCUGCGCGGGGACAGCGGGGCCAGCGCCGCCCUCGGGGACGGCGCGGAGCUCGGGGACAUCCCCGAGGGUCCCCUCGGGGACGGCCCGGGGUGUCCCCACGUCCCCGCGCCGCUCACCAAGUGCCACUCGAGUCCCUCGCUGGCCCCGGAGCCGCCCCUGGGCCGCGUGCGGCGCCACAUCUCGGAGCGCAGGGCCACCCGUGUCACCGUCCCCAAGCGCCACCGCGACCCCCUGUGACACUGGGACUGUCCCUGUCACUGUCCCCAGUGUCCCUGUCACUGUCCCCAGUGUCCCUGUCAUACCUCGGGGCGCAGGGCCACCCGUGUCACCGUCCCCAAGCGCCACCGCGACCGCCCGUGACAGGCCUGCAUUGCCCCCCAGGAUUGUCCCCAAGUGCCACCCGGACACAAAGUGCCACCCCUGCGACAGGGACAGCCCCAAGUGCCACCCCAGGGACACUCCCCAUGUCCCCACCCCGGUGUCCCCAAUGUCCCCUCCCCCCCGGUACGAGGCUUUUGGGGGGUCCCGCUCUGAGCCCCCCCCCCCGGGAUUGGGAACAACUCAGGGAAAUCCCAAAAAUCCCAAAUUCCCGUUCCCAAAAUCCCCAAAUCCCCAUAAAUCCCAAUCCCAAAACUCCCCAAAAUUCUUAAAACCCCAUUCCCAAGAAUCCCCUAAAAUCCCAUUCCCAAAGGAAUUUGGGGGGAGUUUCAGGGGAAGUUUGGGGUUUUGGGGGAGCAUUUGGGAUCCCCCUGCUGUGUCUGUGCAAUAAAGGUUCAGAAUUCCGGGA